GAUAAGGCACCUUCGCAGAUCGAUUGUCAGUAGAUACGCUGCUAUCUCCAGUUUAUCUACAUUGCUAAAUCUUCGUGAGUUCUGGUGCCGUGGUUAUUAUGUCAACAGCCGUGCUCUCGUUACAUUUGCCAGUAAUGUGUGUGAGUGACGGUUGUCCAUAGAGCGCGCGGUGAUGUUACAAUCUUACAAGUUGAAGGAGUGGGUGCGGUGGCCGGCGGUGCGCGCGCACGUGUGCUCGGGCGCGCUGGCGCUGGCGUUCCCGGCGACGUGGCGCGGGCCGCGCUUCGCCUUCGCGCUGGGCGGCGCGCCGUACGCGCUGGCCGUCACGCUGGCCCUGCUCGCCGUGGCGCUGCCGCUGGCGUUGCUGCAACUGGCAGUCGGCCAGCUCAGUCAGCAGGAUGCCGUCGGCGUCUGGAGGGCAGUUCCUUUCUUUACAGGUGUCGGAUACCUGAGGCUAUUGAUAUCAUUGCUGUGCUCAGUUUACUCGAUCAUCUACCUGGCUAUGACAACUACUUAUUUCCUUUAUACAAUAAGCAAUUCACUGCCAUUCUGGGAAUGCAUCGAACUGGUCUUAGAUCAGGAAGAUUAUGUCAACGCAGUAAAUGCAUCUACAUGUCUCAAAGAUACAUUCAUGGGACCUGUUCAGGAAAGACCCGAGUAUUAUUUAGCUGUAGCAUUAAUUAUACUUGUGCUGUGGAUAGUUUUUCCUUUUAUUUUUUACAAUCCAGUAAAACUCAUGAAACGGAUACUGUACGGGCUGGGACCCGCGGUGCUGCUGCUGAUGGUGGUGACGCUGGCGUGCGUGGGCGACGCGUCCAGCCUGGCCGCGAUGGGGGCGCCGCAGCACUGGCGCAGCUUCCUGGAGCCUGCCAUCUGGCACGCGGCCGUCGUGCACGCGCUGCUGGCUACGCACAUCGCCGGCGGCUUCCUUAUAGCUGCAGGCGACACUGUCUAUUCCACUACCAAUGUACAAUGGACAGCCGUGGCGGUGACGGCGGCCAACGUGGCGUCCACGUGGCUCAGCGUGGUGUUCUGGCACGCGCUCAGCGGCGCCGAGCGCGACGCCGGCGUGUUCGCCGUGCUGGUGGCAGCCUACCAGCUCGGAGACGACGUCGACACCGACCUGGCCUGGCCGCUCACCGUCUUCCUCACUCUGCUGCUCUCCGGAUUUAUUACCAUGCUGGCGCUGCUGUACCCGGUGUUCGAGCGCUGCCGGCGCGCGGGCGGCGCCAAGUGGCGCGCGCUGGGGUUCGCGGGCGCGCUGGCCGGCGCGUUGCUCAGCCUGGCGGUGCUGUGGGGCCGGCUGCCCGCGCUCACGCUGCUCGCUGACUUCGUCGUGCCGCUGCUCGUCAGCAUAGCCACGCUACUUGAAAUACUCGCCUUCGUUUUUAUAUAUGGUUGGAAAGUUCUCGUUGAAGAUGUGGAGUUCCUGACGGGCAAUGAAUUAGCGAAGUUCUGGGUGCUGGGCUGGUGCUCGGCGCCCGGCAUCAUCGCGCCCUUCACCGCGUGGUGGCUGACGGUGGAACUGGCGCGCGAGCCGGCGCGGCCCGGGCCCGCACUGGCGCUGCUGGGCGCCGCGGCGCUGGCGCUGCUGGUGUUGCUGGCGUGCGCGGCGGUGGCCGUGGCGCGCCAGGUGCAGUACGACUGCGGCGCGAAACUGAAGUCAUCAUUCAAACCGUCGCGGCACUGGGGGCCGCGGGACCCCAUCACGCACUACUACUGGCUGGCGCGGCGCGACCACCUCGACCGCGGCGGCGUCGCGCGCGCCCGCUACCAGCGCCGCCAGCUGGGACAGCUGUCGGGCAGGCCCAGCUUCCUCAACUUAAGUAAUUCUGCUCGAGAAAAUGAAGAGGAAACUGUGAGUGUCGGGAAAGUGCGCUCGAACUCGGACGACCUCCUGUACACAGUGUGCAGGAAGCAGCAGGCACGCGUGCAGGUGCCCGGCGUGCCGGGGACCCGCGCGUCGGGGGCCCGAGGGCCGGGGGCCCGCGCGCGCGCGCGCUCGCUGGACGGCGGCCUCACGCUGCAGCCGCUGCCGUCGAUGCAUCGCGACGCACUCGUUACGCUAGGGCUAGGCAAUACGAUACUCAAGUAGUCAAUGUUUUUCACUUUAGCUGGAAAUCUGUUAUGUGUUAGCAAUUUAUUUAUGUUUUUAGAAAUAAAUAUCAUGUACAUUCGUUUUAAAA